CUUGUGCCGCAAAUGGCAGCUGCUCACGUCUAUAAAGCCCAAUGGCCUGACACCCUUCCAGACAGAACAGAGUACCAAACCAACACCGCAGGCGCUCGACACCCCAGCAUACAUCUCCUCAACAGAAUCGCAAGCUAGAGCCUGACAAUGGCGGGAGGCGGCGACCUGAAGGUGCUGGGCGUGUGGACGAGCCCGUUCGUGAUCCGGGUCCGCAUUGUGCUCAACCUGAAGGGCCUGGCGUACGAGUACGUCGAGGAGGACCUCGGCAACAAGAGCGCGCUCCUCCUGGGCUCCAACCCGGUGAACAAGAGCGUCCCCGUCCUCCUCCACGGCGGCCGCCCCGUAAACGAGUCCCAGGUCAUCAUCCAGUACAUCGACGAGGUCUGGGCCGGGGCCGGCCCGGCCGUGCUCCCGUCCGACCCCUACGAGCGCGCGGUGGCGCGGUUCUGGGCGGCCUACGUCGACGACAAGGUGGGGUCCGCGUGGCAGGGGAUGCUGUUUCGGUGCAACAACGAGGAAGAGAGGGCGGAGGCGGUGGCCCGCGCCGCCGAGGCGCUCCAGACGCUGGAGGGCGCGUUCGAGGAGUGCUCCAAGGGGAAGCCCUUCUUCGGCGGCGACGGCAUCGGGUUCGUGGACGUCGUGCUCGGCGGCUACCUCGGGUGGUUCGGGGCCAUCGACAGGAUCAUCGGGCGCAAGCUGAUCGACCCGGCCAGGACGCCGCUGCUGGCCGCGUGGGAGGAGCGGUUCCGCACCACCGAGGUAGCCAAGGGCAUCGUGCCGGACGACGUCGAUAAGGUGCUCGCGUUCCUGCAGACCCUGCUCGCUAUUGGCUCCAUGAAAUGAGCUCCAUCUUUCUGUCAGUCCAGGAACAGUCGGCCUUUUUAUUGGCUCAAUAAAUGUACAACAGUACUUGUGUUGUAACAUGGACUGUUGUUUAUGUUGCUACUUGCUAGCAAUUCGCAAUUUUUGUGCUCCA